GGGACUCGGCGCGCCACUGCGUUCGUCGCGCCGCUGUCGCCUCGCGGGGAUGGGAUGCGUCGAGAGCGUCCCUGCGCGCACGUCGAGGAGCAGCAGGCCGCGCCUCUCGUCCAACCACGAGCGGAUGGCUCCGUACAAGGACGAGGCUGACGACACGAGCAGCGAGGCGAGCGACGCGGGGGACGCGGCGUUCGAUGCGUGGGACGCCAUGGAGCAGGCCGAGGAGCUGAGCUACCUCGAGCAGCAGCUGAAGGGGUGCAGCGUCGACGAGCUCAUGACGAAGCGCUUCCCCACGCGUGGCGGCGCGCUCGCCAGCCCGCGCGGCGGCGGCGCCGCUGCCCACAGCCAGUGGAGCUCGGUCGCGGCGGCGCUCACCUACGACGGCGACUUCGCCCUCUCGCCGCCAUACACGCUCAAGAAGGCGGGCGAGCUCUACUCGUACCUGCGCUCACCCAACGCGAAGCCCCUGCCCCGCAAGAUGGUCUACGAGAUGCUCAUCGCCGCCAGCCACGCCUUUGAAGCGCAGGCCGCCGCCUGCGGCUCGCUCAUCCACGUGCCGCCGCCCGCCAAGCCGGGUGAGCGGUUGCUCGUGUGCGGGGACACGCACGGCCAGCUGCAGGACGUCCUAGUCAUCUUUGAGGAACAUGGCCUGCCAGCUCCGGGCAACGCGUACCUAUUCAACGGCGACAUCGCCGACCGCGGCCGCAACGCGACGGAGAUCUUCGUCCUCCUCCUCGCCUUCAAGCUCGCGUGCCCCGACAUUAUGCACAUCAACCGCGGCAACCACGAGCAGCGCGACCUGAACGAGCGGCCCUUCGCAAACGGCGGCGGCUUCGCGUGGGAGGUGCGCGCAAAGUACCCGCACGACGAGCUGCUCAUCGACCUCUUCCAGAACCUCUUCACCAACCUGCCCAUCGCCUCGCUCGUCGGCGAGUGGGCGCUCGUGAUCCACGGCGGGCUCUUUCGCGAGGAGGACGUCACGCUCGACGACAUCCGCGCCAUCGACGCCUGCCGCCAGCCGCCGUCCGUCCUGCAGACGCGCGACGACACGCUGCUCUUCGACGCACUCUGGGCCGACCCUCAUGACGGCGACGGCAUCGUCGCCUCCGACAACCGCGGCGGCGUCUCGAUCCAGUUCGGGCGCGACCUGACAAAGGCCUUCUGCGCGCGCAACGGCGUCCAGUCGAUCAUCCGCUCGCACCAGCUGCCCAAGCGCAAGCGCGGGUACGAGAUCCAGCACGACGCGAUGCUGCUCACCAUCUUCUCCGCCUCAAACUAUGGCGGCGUCUGCGGCAACCGCGGCGGCGCCCUCGCGCCCGACGACCGGCGGAGAGGCGGCUCGGACGGGCGGGCCGAGGCGGGGCUGCUGUUGUGGAUGUAG